AUGGAGACUGAACUGCCCGAGUCCCCACCCUCCCCCACACCGGGGCUGCCCCCCGACUCCCCCCAGGAGGAGCCGCCCCCAGAGCCGCCGGGCAGGCCCCCAUGCCGGCUGCCCCACCAGUGCACCUCGUGCCAGCGCCGCUUCGCCCAGGCCCACGGCCUCCGGCAGCACCGGUGCCGUCCCCGCGACCCGCCUGCCCAGAGCCCAGCCGGCGGCGAAUCCCACCGGUGCCGCUCCGGUGCCAAGCGUGGGCAUCAGUGCCGGGUGUGUGGGAAGCAGUUCAAAUUCCCCUACUACCUGGCACGGCACGGCCUGACCCACGGCGGGCAGAAGCCGUUCCAGUGCCCGGUGUGCCACAAGGCCUUCCGCCGCCCGGCCCACCUGGCCCGCCACCAGCGCACCCACGCCAGCCAGCGCUUCCCGGAGCCGGCCGAGCGGCCGUGUCAGCAGGCCGGGCCCCCAGGUGAGGGGCACGGGGGCGAGGAAGCCGACGAGAAGCAGGUGUUGCUGCAGGCGGACUGGACGUUGCUGUGCCUGGGCUGCCACGAGGCCUUCGAGACCAAGGGCGAGCUGAAGGCCCACAAGUGCUUCAAGGCGCGGGGCCGGGCUGGGCCGGGCGGCGCCCAGCGGCACCAGUGCAGCGUGUGCCACAAAUUCUUCGCCCGCCCCUGGUCCCUGUCGCGCCACCGCCGGGUGCACACGGGCGAGAAGCCGUUUGCCUGCCCCGACUGCGGCAUGGCCUUCCGCCUCUCCUCCUACCUCAAGCAGCACAGCCGGUGCCAUGGGGCCGGGGCCGGGCUGCCCUUCGGCUGCCCGCUCUGCCGCCAGCGCUUCCGCAAGGCGGGCGAGCUGGCCAGCCACCGGCGGGCGCACGGGGAAGCCGCCCCCGGGCCGGAGCAGCCCCACAAGGGCUCCGAGUGCAGCGUCUGCGGGAAAGCCUUCAAGAGCAAGUACGACCUGGCCACCCACUUCCUGAUCCACACGGGCGAGCUGCCCUACCCCUGCGGCCAGUGUGGCAAGCGCUUCCGGCGCCUCUCCCACCUCAAGCAGCACCAGGUCACCCACACGGGCGCCCGGCCCUUCCAGUGUGUGCUCUGCCAGAAGGAAUUCAAGCGGCUGGCCGACCUGGCCCGCCACCGGCAGGUCCACCAGGGGGACAAGCCCCACCAGUGCGGCGUCUGCCACAAGUUCUUCUCCCGCGCCUACAGCCUCCUGCGGCACCAGCGCGGGCACCGGCCCGAGCUCCUGGCCGCCGCCCGCCCCGAGGCCUUCCUCAGCAACUCCUGCUUCGACAGCCAGGACCACUCCGCCUUCUGCACCCCUGAGGAGGAGGACGAGGAGGAGGAGGAAGGGGGUGCGGCCGGUGGCUCUGGGGAGGGCUCAUGA